AAGCGAUCAUCUCGAAGACGGAGAGUCGAGAACAGCAGGAGUGGGUUGGCGCUUUCUUCGAUCGUAUCUUCAUCCUCGUUCUGUGCAUCAUAUCUUCUCAAUGACCUCUGAAGCGAUCCGUCCCAGGGGGCGACCAGCUCGUAAGUACUAGGACCCAUCGACUUCUAUCCAGGCGGAAUGGUCUACUUAUGAUCAAUUUUCUUCUAGAUACCCCUGGGACUACUAUAUUGACAUACACACCGAACGGUCGCCAAGUUAUCACUGGUGGUUCUAACUCUGCGAUCCGCAUUUACACCGUCGGACAGGAUGGCGAGCCGAAGACAAUUGAUAGAGGUGUGGAUGGACAUUUGGGAAUCGGUGCCACUAACGAUUCAUUCAUCAUGGGAGCGGAAGAUGGAACAGUCUGGCAAUAUGAAAUUGAGUCGGGCAAAACGGACAAAUUGCUUGUACGAUGCGCCUUGCCAGUGAGAGAUAUCGCAGUUUCAAAAGAUGGAGAAUGGGCUGCAGUGGCAAGCGAUGAGCUUACCGUGAAAAUCGUCAAUAUCGAAGACAUGAGCAACGUGAAAUACCUCCGAGAACAAGCCAAGGGAACGAAGCACGUCACUUUUGAUCCGAGUGGGCGGUAUGCCACCGUAUCUUGUACGGACGGUAUCCUUUACGUUUAUUCCCUGCUCCCCGAAGAGCCAGAGUUGGUCCGAAAACUGGAUGGGGUUAUUCGCAGACUUGAGCCAGAGGACGAAGCAACAUCGAGAGCAGUAUGGCAUCCUGACGGAACAGCUUUUGCAUCGGCAGAAGCUACUAGGGACAUUUCUAUAUACUCUACCGCGGAGUGGAAGAAGGAGAAAACGUUCACCGGUGGUCAUAACGGAGAAGUAACCGCGAUUAGCUGGUCUCCCAAUGGGGCACUCCUUACCACAGCUGGCGGAGAUGGCCAGAUCCUGCUUUGGGAGACAAAAUCCCAAAAGGUUAUACAGCGUUAUGACUUUGCGAACGUCAUUAACCUUGCCUGGCACCCUACCAAUAACUCGCUUUCUUUUACGACAUCAGACGGAGAGCUUUUUAUCCAUGAUGAUUUCGUGCCAAAAGAACACCAACCCCUCCUUCAGAAGCCGCUACAGGCUGCUCCUAUAUUUUCGGGCCCCUUGACAGAGAUCUCCGACAAUGUGCGACGGCCACUGGCAAAUAGGCCGAAGGAGACGGUAGAACGUAGAAGGGAUGGCACACCGGACUCGCUUGAUGACAUCCUGGGCUCCGAUGAUGGUAUGGCAGAUUUUGUCGACGACGAUGACGGUGCUGGCUACGCCGAGGGCCUCAAUCCUUUCGGGAAAAGAACAAACGAUCAUUUAGGUGACCUGGACGGCCACGCUGACAAGCGGCUAUUGACAACUAAAUGGCAACCUAAAACUCAUCCUCCUCUCCAGCCUGGUAGCACACCUUGGAGAGGCAAUCGACGAUACCUCUGCUUGAAUUUGACGGGCUGCGUUUGGACCGUCGACCAGGAGACGCACAAUACGGUUACAGUAGAGUUUUAUGAUCGAGAACUUCACCGAGACUUUCACUUCACAGACCCAUAUCUAUAUGAUCGGGCGUGUCUAAAUGAUAAUGGAACACUAUUCUCCAACAACCCUACCGACGGUAGCCCAGCUACCAUUUUCUAUCGUCCACAUGAGACAUGGACUACGCGAGCAGACUGGCGGACACAACUGCCCCAGGGAGAGAUGAUUCGAGCGCUGGCGCUGAGUGAUUCAUAUAUUGUCGCUGUAACGACCAAGGAUUAUGUUCGUGUGUAUACACUCUUUGGAACACCAUUCAAGGUGUAUAGACAGAAAAGCCCGGCCGUGUCCUGUGCUGCUUGGCGGGACUAUAUUAUGACCAUCGGGAAUGGUCCGCUAGGAAGCGAUGGUACAUCGACCCUACGAUACACUGUGGAGAAUGUCAAACGGGACGAGGUUUGCCAAAAUGAGGACGUGGUUGCAGUUCCCGAAGGCACAGAGCUCCAGAGCGUGUUCUUUUCUGAUACUGGGGACCCUUGCAUCUACGAUUCAGAGGGUGUUUUACUUGUUCUGCAGCACUGGCGUAGUCAAGGUCAAGCUCGAUGGGUUCCACUUUUGGACACCAAGCAGCUGGAGCGACUUGCUGGUGGACGCAAAGCAGAGACAUACUGGCCGGUUGCUGUUGCACAGCAAAAAUUCCACUGCAUCAUCUUGAAGGGAGGAGAUAAGUAUCCAUACUUUCCUCGCCCACUGUUGAGUGAAUUCGACUUUAGGAUUCCCACCUCCGACGCGCCACAGAAGGACGCCAAUGAAGAUGAAGACGGUUCCGCCACCCGCAACGACGGGGCCCGAUUUGAGGAAUCCUUUGUCCGUGGUAGCCUACUUCUGUCUCUCUUCCGGGACCUCUUGUCAUCAACCAAUGCAACACCUAGUCAACAAGCAGAGCUGGCUCGGAAAGAAAUCGAAGUAGACAAGGUCCUUCUGCAGAUGCUGGCUGUGGAAUGUAGGGAAGGAGAAGAUCGGGGUAUGAAGGCCCUUGAAUUAGUCGGUAUGAUGAGAGACCGUAACGGCAAGAUGGUCGAAGCAGCCGCGAAGGUGGCCGAGAGAUACGGCCGUGGUGUCCUGGAGGACAAGAUCCGGGAUUUGGCAGAGAAACGGUUCAUGGGGGUGGAUGACGAUGAUGAGCUGGCGUGAUCGAAUAAUGAGCUGGAAAUCUCAUUGAUGUUUAUGACCUUGGAAGCCUUAAUUAUAUCUACUUUAUCUAUAUGAGCUGAAUCAACUGGCCGUUGGAUUGGAUGUGGUGAUGGCUUGGGCCAAUCAUGCCGACUGUAAUGUAAGAAUGACAAAAGGUACAG